CUGGCUGUCAAAAUUUUUCAUUCGAACUGUAGUCGCUCUGCGGUGCAGAUCGUCGUCGGGUUUUCAGUUCCCUUGUCCCAGAUUUUCAUUUCUUUCUCGGUAGUGCUGACUCGUCAAAGUGUUCAAUGACAGGACGGGAACAAUAGUGCAGUGAUAUUUCAUUUUAUCAAUGAAUAAUGGUGGUGGCAUAAGGUCGCGAGUGCGGUCGUAAUCGAGGAACAGCUGAUUUGGGUGACCGCGUUGGCGAAAAAUAGCAGUGCUGGGAGUUUUUCAAUGUCGCAAAAAUGUGUUGAUGACACUUUGCACAACCUGCUGAAAGUUAGUUCCGGAAUCACAACGGCGGGCUCGGGUGGAAAAAUGGCAAACGAGCUCAAUGUGAUCCAGUGGACGAGAGAAAAUGUGGCCGAAUGGGCACGGAAGGAAUGUCUGAACCGAAAGAUUGUGGAAUGCAUAGUGAAGGAAGAUAUCGACGGAAAGUGUUUGCUGACGUUGUGCGAAAAUGAUAUCAAAAGCUUACGGGAAAAGUACGCGUACGGGCUCACCUUGGGCGAUAUGAAGCGGUUUUGGUUUUCGGUGCGAUUAGUGCAAAAGCAGAAUGUGACAACCCUGGCCUAUUUAGGGAUGCUUCCGACGAACGGUGGCGAAGGGUUGGGACAUCAUCCUCACCACCACCCGCAUCACCAUCAUCAUUCCCUUCUGUCCAGCUUAGGCACCAGUUAUGCAUCGGCGGAUAUAAAUUUCAGUGAAAUUGAACGGAUUUCGCCCCCGAUGUCGAUAGAUGGCAGAGCGACUUGUAUACAGCCGGAAUUCUUCAAGACGAUGAUAAGCUUAGGUUAUGCUUUCCUGGUCACCUGGAUAACCGCCUUCGUGAUGGUGGUCGUGCACGAGCGGGUACCGGACAUGAAAAAAUACCCUCCUCUUCCAGACAUUUUCCUCGACAACGUCCCGCACAUUCCGUGGGCUUUCCACAUGUGCGAAGUUACCGGCACGCUGCUGUUCUGCAUCUGGGUUUGCGUGCUGGUGGUACAUAAGCACAGAAUGGUCUUAUUACGGCGUUUCUUCGCAUUGGCCGGUACCGUGUUCCUGCUGCGAUGCGUGACGAUGCUGAUUACGUCACUGAGCGUACCGGGAACGCACCUCGAGUGCACCCCACAUGAUCACAAAUUCGACGAUAGCUCCAGCGUUCGGAUUACGGAAAUGAUCUACCUGCGCAUCAGCCGGGCCUAUACCAUUUGGAGUGGACUGGGAAUGUCGAUCCAGGGCGUGAGGACGUGCGGCGACUACAUGUUCAGCGGCCACACGGUGGCGUUGACAUUGCUCAACUUUUUCAUUACAGAAUAUACCCCUCGUAAUUUGUACUUUCUGCACACGCUGACCUGGCUUCUUAACAUGUUCGGAAUAUUUUUCAUACUGGCCGCACACGAACAUUACUCAAUCGAUGUGUUUGUCGCGUUCUACAUUACCUCCAGACUGUUUCUCUACUAUCACACGUUGGCCAACAACCAGGCACUCAUGUCCCACGACUCGAAUCGGACGCGCAUCUGGUUCCCCAUGUUCAGCUACUUUGAAAGUUCGGUCGAUGGUAUCAUUCCGAAUGAAUACGACACGGUCAACGGAGUGCUGCACAAGCUGUUCGAGUGCGUUCUGUACGUGAAGGGUGUGUGUAUGCUGACGGCCCAACGCUUCUGGAUCGCCCAUGGCAAUAUCGAGGCUUUGCGGGAGAAGCAUAAGCACUUGUUGAGUGCGAACACUCAGCUGCUGUUCCCGAAUAAUUUGGUACAAGGUGCGGGAUCAGGAGGAACAACGGCCACCGCAGCCGAUGGGAAGCCCGCCAAAUGUAACAACAUAAACGUAGAUACCAAUAAUGCCAGUAUGAAGCGGAAAUCGUUUAGCAACUCCCCGGUGGAGAAAGUUUUCCCAGAACUUGACGAAAAAGCCAACGACCUCAGUAAGAAAGAACUGUAAAUGCGGAAUGAUAGAAUAUUUCUAAACUCGUGUUUUAAGGGGCAUAUAAAUUACUAGUUGUUUUCUGAUGGUAUGGUUCCAAUGUUUACGAAUGUUUAUGUUGCCUAAGCUAUGAGAAGUUAUAAGUUAUUUGUUAAAAUAGAUGUAUUUGUUACUACAUCUCAAAAAACUCAAACUAUUUAAAGCAUAAGGAGGGUUAGCAUCUUAUUUAUUAUAAUUUCAAUUUAAUCAAGUAUGUAUGUGAUAUUAUUUGGAACGAAAUAGGAAAUACAAAAAUUUUGUUAGUAAACUAAAGCAAUAUUCGCUGUCAAAAUCAAAAUGAUUGAUCUCUUGCAGACGUCUUUUUUUCAUGAAGUAGAAUUUAAAUAUGGCUCCUUAAAAGCAAAAAAAAAACCUGAUAUCUAUACAUAUUUAAUUAGGUGAUUCCAACCAGUUUGCUUCGUGCGUUGUUAAUUAUUAGUCAAAUUUCACGAGAUAUUCCUCAAUUUGAAUCUAUUUGAUAGAGAAACUGUUUAAUUGAAAAUCAACUGAACGCUUAUGUAACUGAUACAUGAUUAGGACACGUCAGUAAGCAAGCAUUUGUUUUAAUACUUCAGUAUUUUUUUCAAUGCUCAGCGCUUUUGUCUACUACAAAAGUACACUAACAUUAUCAUAUCUUUUUUUUUAGAUUUCACAGCUGUUUAAUAAAUUCAAGAAAAAAUCUGUGAUUACCCAUACAAUGGCAGCGAACCCGGGUAUUGACGCAAGUGAAAUAAUCAUAUUUUGGUGAAUAUUCCAUAAAGGUUCAUAAUUUUUCAUACCAAGUUUAGGUUUGACAUUGGGUUAGAUUUGUUGGAAAUUACAUUUUUUACAUACAGUAGAAUAAACAGUUUUUCAAUAGGCUCGAAUGAAAUAAAAUUCAAAUUUUGGAUAUAACUCAGAAGUUGGCUAAAUAAGCGGAGUGAGACAAACUCAAAUUUUCUACCAUCCCAUUUAAUCAUUUGGCACUCAUCAUUCUAAUACAUUAGAGAGAACAACAGUAUGACUCAAAAAACUUGGCACUAGUAUUAUAUUUCAAUGCAAUGGAGAACUAUACAAACUAGGGCAGCGUAAGCCAAAAAUACCAACUCCUUUUUCCGAUCCUGCAGAGUAGUAGAUAAUAAUGUUAAAAUACCUAAAGCGACAUCUAUUAACGGUUGAUUAUGGAAACACAAACCAACAGUACUGUUUUACAAUAGAGAAAGAUGUUUAUCUAGUCCAGAAGCUAUUUAAUACAAAUAAAAAUAAAACGAACAAAUAAUGAUUAUAAGCACCAAUACUGUCGUUCUAGGAUUUACAUUCUUCCUUAUUAAAGUAGUAAGGUUUUUUCACACGGAAACCACUUAUAGUGAACGUACUCUUCUUCCUGCAAGCUUACCAACCAAAUGGAAACCAAAAGAUAAAAGAACAAAUCGUUCGUAUCGUUUUGUACGAACGAAAAAUGCGAAUCCUUUAACGCACAUUCGGUAAAACUCGUUGACGUUAUUAGGAAAGACUAUUUUUCCUCUCUCCUAAGAUGUCUUUAAUAGCGAUGUAUGUUAAAAAUCGAGGAAUAAUCUAACGUUCUUCUAGGCGAAAUUAUCCCUUGAAUUUCCAAAGUGCAUGGGACAGUUAUGUGUAGAAUGGCAAUGUUAGGUAUGUAUCGAAAAAAUAAAAAGAAAAGGUUUACCGUUUGGAACCGUAGAUAAUUUUUUGGAAUAAACUAAAAUUCUUCUGAAAUAAUGUA